AUGCCAUCAAAUCGAGCAAAUGGUCUGUUAGCUUCGGCGCUGAAUCGACGAUUUGCGAGCUCUGUCGGCCAUGCUGAAGCUACACGAGGUCCACGUUGUAGCCCAGGACUUGUCGUUUUCGAUAAGGAUGGAACACUCAUUGAUUUUACACUCAUGUGGGGCGGUUGGGUAGAGUCUCAAGCGUGGAAGGUCGAGAUGACCACCGGUCUACCCGUUCGUGAAAAGCUCUUUGCCGCUAUGGGCUAUGACUGGAUUAGUCGUUCAAUCAAGUCGAAAGGUGCUCUCUGUUGCACCCCAAUGGGAGAACUCUAUAAACUCGCUGUACGUGUGUUAGUAGCCGAAGGAAUGCUUCAGCAAAAAGCAGAUGAGAUCAUUCAGCACUGCUGGAGUAUGCCAGAUCCAGUGCUUACUAGUCGCCCACUUACUAACAUUCCUGCUCUCUUUCGCACGAUAAGAAAAAUGGAUAUGAAAAUUGCAGUGUGUACAACAGACGAUCGACAGCCUACAAUCGACACGCUGAAGCAUCUGGACGUCAUUGAUAUGGUCGAUGCUCUAGCCUGUGGCGACGAUGGACUUCCUGCUAAACCCGCCGGUGAACAGAUCUGGACUAUUUGCCAACAGCUUAAUGUCGAGCCACAUAAUACUAUUAUGGUGGGUGACACGUCCACUGAUAUGUUACUGGGUAGAAAUGCUGGAUGCGGUCUGUCUGUUGGGGUGCUUGGAGGUGCAUCAUCACUCGAUGAUCUUGCUGAGAGUGCUGACGUACUCGUUCCAUCUAUUGAUCGAGUUAUUAAGGUACUAUUUCAAUACGGUCAACAAGCCCGACGCUUUGGUGAUUAG